CUACUUCCGGCUUCCCGUUGUUCAGUCGCACACGUGAAGGUCAGCAAAAACAGCCACCCGGCUCUGAUCAUUAGGAUUAAUAUCGGCCCUCCGGCUUUGUUUAAGGGAGAGAUGGACGGUCAGGGAGCCACAGCCGAUCCUCAGCUGCAACAUUUUAUCGAGAUCGAGUCUCAGAAGCAGAGGUUUCAGCAGCUGGUGCAUCAGAUGACUGAGGUUUGCUGGGAAAAAUGCAUGGAUAAACCAGGACCCAAGCUGGAUUCCAGAACAGAAGCAUGCUUCGUUAACUGUGUGGAGCGGUUUAUAGACACCAGCCAGUUUAUCCUCAACAGACUGGAACAGACUCAGAAGAGCAGGGGGGGAUUCUCCGAGACAAUGUUGGACUAAAAAAAAACGGACAGUUUUUGCAAACAGCCUCAUGACUGGGUGCUCCACUUCAUCCCGACACAGCUGUCUGCAUAGUAAGCUGGGGAGAAGAACUACAGCCAGUGUUACCUUUAAAAACAAGUGCCUGAGAUUAAAACCAUGUACAGAUCUGUGUAAAAGUCUACUGUCUAAAGGAUAAUGAGUGUUAGAUGCUGGUAGGUUUCUAGUUCUGUCAGCUUAUUAAAAUCAUAAAAUGCAAACUGUCAAGCCGAGUUUGGAUGUGGGGAGAUGUUUUCCUGCUAAAUGAACUGCACUAAAAAAAGUUAGUCAGUAAAACCACCUGGCACUUAACAGACACUAGAGUGUAAAUAUGCAAUAAUCAAAAUGCCAAAUCAAUUUGUCAAGCCUUUUAAAAUGCUUGUACAGUGAAUAGAAAGGUAAGCACACCCUCCCUCAUAUACCUAAUUUUUGUUAAGAUAUAUAUUUUUUUCUUUUUCCACCUUUUACUGCAACCUAUAAGAUGCUCAUCUCCAUGUUACAAGAAAAGUAUUUUAUGCAUAAAAUCAGAACUGAAAAACUUUUCUGUAUGUAUGAACAACAUACCUUUAUUCUAUGGGGAUUUUGUAGUAUUUGCAGACGAUUUCCCAAAAUUUGUGUGACGUCUCCUGUGCCCUAUUGUCUCCAGAUCCUCCUACUAGAGUUCAGGUUGGGUCUCUAUAUGCCCAAUAUCUCUAUCUAGUGAACGCAAUGGUUGAAGUAAAUUAGGUGUUUGCUUUAGGUUGUUACUUGAUUCAAAUGAUUGCAGCUCAACAAAAGCCUGUUAAUUAAUUAAUAAAAUUAAAGUGUGCUGAAAAAGGGGAAACAAAACAUGGAUACCAGCCCAUGAGGACUGACUCUGGACACCACUGCUUUAAGUCAUCAUCGUGAUUAAGAUCUUCAGUUGUUUAGCCAAAGCAUGAAGUUUUGUGAGAAGAUUGAGAAUUGAAAAUGGAAACUUUUGAUUAUACUUUUCUCGUUGGCUAAUGUUCCAAUUCCACACCCAAAUCAUUAUACCGCCACUACCAUGCUUUUUCAUGUCGCCAUCAUGUUUUGAUAAUGUCGUUAUUUUCACAGCAAACAUCAGUUUAAAAAUCAUCUUUUGUUUCAUGAAACCAUACAAUAUUUUCUUUUGUAAUGUAGCUCUACCAGUUUCCCUCCUUAUGUAGCUGUUUUUGUCACAUUAAAGGUGAAAAAGGUUCUGAAAGUAUGUCUUCUUGCAAUCAUAAUACCUGGCAUUUUAAGAAAAAGCCGACUUCUUGUUUCAACAAUAAGUGCGCCUAUAUUUUAUUAAAUUAAUCUGCUAAACAUGA